AGAAUGUUUCAAGCACAGAAAAGUGAGGGCAUGACUGUGGUCGAGAAGACCCGAAGUUUCUUGCGGCGCGACAGACGAGGGAGCUUCCACGCCGCAUCGCGCAGCCGAUGAUGGAGAGAUAGUGCCGCUCGACUGAUUCGGAGUAGGACCUCUGCUGUCAAACCUCCAGCACCACGGUCACAAACAGCGGCAGGUUUCGGAAACCCGAAAGGGAGGAGUCGACACCGCUGUGCGGAUUGAACUCAGUCAGAGAGGCUCUGCGGGAAUUCCCCAGCCCCGGGGCUCUGCGCUUGGAGGGGGAGGCGCUGUGCGCGACUCUAUAAGGAGGGCAGCGCGCAACGGCAGGGACACACUCAGCCUCCUCUUCUUCUCUUGCGGGACGAGUCAAGUGGAGCAGCACCGCCUACAGAUCCUCUCGCCUUCACCGCUCCACGACGAUGGACUGCUCCGAGACCAUCGGCGACCGCAAUGGCCCCUGCUCCCUGAAGGGAGGAGAGAGCCCCAAGGAUGACCGGCGUUACAUCAUGUACCACGGCACCGACGUGCAGGGGGCACACGGCAUCCUCACGCAGGGGUUCAGGCGGUCCGCACGCGGCAUGCUGGGGCCCGGCGUCUACGUGAGCCGCGACAUCGAGAAGGCGAGGCGGUAUCCGAUUGGGAAGCCCGAGAACACCAAAGUGAUUCUGAAGCUCAGGGUGAACGUGGGGCGCGUGAAGAAAAUCGACGGCCAAGACCACCCCCUGCGUCUCACCUGGCACGACGAGGGCUACGACACCGCCUGGGUGCCGCGGGGCUGCGGGAUGGUGACCAGCGAGCUGGAGGAGGACUGCGUCUGGGAUCCGGAGAGGAUCACGGUCGUUGGCGUCGAGGAGGCGCCCAGCAGCAAAAUGAAGACGACGUUUCUCGCGAUGCUGAACCCAAACGACGUCGUGCAGAUCGUCGUGAAGGACCUGGAGGGAAAUUCCCUGAGGCUGAUGGUGAAGCUGUCCGAGUCGGUGCUGGAGCUGAAAGCCAGGAUCCAGAGCAAGUGGAAGGUGUCGCCCGCUCAGCAGCGCCUCGCUUACGGGGGCACCGCGCUGCAGGACGGGACGACCCUCGCCAAGUGCGGCUUGAAGCAGAAUUCCACCGUCAACCUGCUUCACGUGGAUAACGCCGUUGACGUCUUCGUGAAGACGCUCGCGAACAAAACGUUGACGAUAGAGGUGAAGCUUUCCAACUCGGUGCUCUCACUGAAGCAGAAGGUCCAUCAGAAGGCGGGCAUAGCGGUCAACCAGCAGAUCCUCACCUUUGGCAGCCACACCCUGGAGGACGAUCAGAAGCUGGAGUCGUACGGGAUUCAGCAACACUCCACCAUCACCAUGCAGGGCCGUCUGCGGGGAGGGUACACCGCCUACAGAUCCUCUCGCCUUCACCGCUCCACGACGAUGGACUGCUCCGAGACCAUCGGCGACCGCAAUGGCCCCUGCUCCCUGCAUGGAGGAGAGAGCCCCAAGGAUGACCGGCGCUACAUCAUGUACCACGGCACCGACGUGCAGGGGGCACACGGCAUCCUCACGCAGGGGUUCAGGCGGUCCGCACGCGGCAUGCUGGGGCCCGGCGUCUACGUGAGCCGCGACAUCGAGAAGGCGAGGCGGUAUCCGAUUGGGAAGCCCGAGAACACCAAAGUGAUUCUGAAGCUCAGGGUGAACGUGGGGCGCGUGAAGAAAAUCGACGGCCAAGACCACCCCCUGCGUCUCACCUGGCACGACGAGGGCUACGACACCGCCUGGGUGCCGCGGGGCUGCGGGAUGGUGACCAGCGAGCUGGAGGAGGACUGCGUCUGGGAUCCGGAGAGGAUCACGGUCGUUGGCGUCGAGGAGGCGCCCAGCAGCAAAAUGAAGACGACGUUUCUCGCGAUGCUGAACCCAAACGAGGUUGUGCAGGUCGUCGUGAAGGACCUGGAGGGAAAGUCCCUGAGGCUGAUGGUGAAGCUGUCCGAGACGGUGCUGGAGCUGAAAGCCAGGAUCCAGAGCAAGUGGAAGGUGUCGCCCGCUCAGCAGCGCCUCGCUUACGGGGGCACCGCGCUGCAGGACGGGACGACCCUCGCCAAGUGCGGCUUGAAGCAGAAUUCCACCGUCAACCUGCUUCACGUGGAUAACGCCGUCGACGUCUUCGUGAAGACGCUCGCGAACAAAACGUUGACGAUAGAGGUGAAGCUCUCCAACUCGGUGCUCUCACUGAAGCAGAAGGUCCAUCAGAAGGCGGGCAUAGCGGUCAACCAGCAGAUCCUCACCUUCGGCAGCCACACCCUGGAGGACGAUCAGAAGCUGGAGUCGUACGGGAUUCAGCAACACUCCACCAUCACCAUGCAGGGCCGUCUGCGGGGAGGGUAGUCGCGUGCCCCACGCACGCGCCACCUGAAGAAUUAACGGACACAAUUCAUGAGCGGUCUUCAGUCGAGUUGGCCAUGGUCAGGGUGGACCUGCAACUAUUGCCUUCUUCAAAAUCUCGUGUGGUCAUCAGCGCCAGAUGUGUGAUGUUGACAAAAAAAAAACUGUUCAUGCUAUCGUUACUGCACUCGUACAUAUAUUUAAGCUGCGUAAAUAUUCAUAGAACUUUUACAAAUCUUCAUCCAAAUAGUUAAGCCUGUGAUGGUUAUUUUCGGAUCUCGGACCAGUGAUGUGUGUUUGAGUUCAUUUGUUGGAUGUGGCAACACACACGAGGGCCCACAUGAAUGUCACGUCUAAGAAGAGAGUAUGCCAACGGUUGCAACUGCAUACAUACCAUUCCAUGUUAGUUUUGUAUGUGUCUGUGUAUAGUAAUAGUCAAAAGAAAAUUGUAUACGUCUGUCUGAAUGUGGUUGUUGAUUAAACAUAGACAAUAUGACCCACACUACCCACGCCAUUGCUCAAGUGCCUGUUUACCAAUUUGAAAGGUAUAUUGUCUCGUUGUUUUGAGCGGAUUGCCAAUAUGUGUUGAUUACGAUCUAAGGUUUCGCGUUUUGUUAUUUUAUUUCAGUCUUGAAUACCGCAAUUGUAGUGCGGCCAUCUUUUAUUUAACGACCCAACGUGCCGUAUGAUUAUAAGCACAGUAUUCUUAAAAGUUUAAAUUCCUGGAAUAAUCUGAUGAAGUGACAGAUUUACCGGUGAAAAUGAAACAUUUAGUCCUGUUCUUUUAUAGUUCGCACCUUUGAUUGUACCAUCUGUAACAUGACGUUUAAUUAUAAAUGCACUUUUGACAUGUCAGCUGAUGGAUCCUUAUGUUAUAUUGUUCACUGUAUAAUGCAUCAAUACAUAAAUUGCAUUUGUCAAACUUCAUAACUUGGUUCAUGUGCCAUUAUCUGAGGACUGUCCUGUAGUAUGGGUGCCUUUUUAGAGUUGAAAUCAUUUGUACAUGGCAUAGAUCUGACCACUAUAGAUUCAAAAUAUAGCUACAUCCAUUAUUGUUAUAUAAAUAAUCCAGAUUCACACUCCUACAGAUUCUAUAGAUUCACACGAACGUAGAUUUAUAUUAGAAUAUUUUAAUUUGUCUAGCAUGUAAUACCUCAGCAUCUCACAUCACCUUACAUCAUGACAUUUGAUCAUAAAUGCACUCUUUAUACGUCAGCUGACUAAAGCAAACAAUUCUGGGUUGUAUUGUUGCUCGUUUUAUGUUCUUUGUUCCCGUUACCGGUUUCAAAAUAAAGACUGCGAAUCUGA